GUCUUCUCGACACUCGACAGGACGCCGCUCCGUCCGACCGCCUCCCGACCCCGCGCCCGCAGCUCCUCGCACUCCGCCCGCAGCUCCUCGCCGAGCUGACCUCCGCCCGAGAUCCCCUUGCUGCCCACGAGCUCCUCCGCCCGCGAUCCAGCGCCCCCGCCCUCGAGUUCCUCCGCCCGGGAACCACUGCCCCGAGUUCCUCCGCCCGGGAUUCCGCGCGAGAAGAGGAGGAGAGCGCGGCGGCGGCUUCCCGGAGACCUCCGCCCGGGGUCCCACGCCGCCCCACUCAUCCCCUCGUUGGCUGUCGCCACCGCCGCCGUCGGCUGCAUCCUCAGGCUUCAUCACCUGGAUCCCGUGCUGUUCCCGUGCGCACCGUCCUGCUCCAGCUGCUCUUACAAUCCGUCGCCUCCCCUCGCCGCACGCCGACGCCGCAGCUUUCCCGGCCACCGCUGCCCGCGUCGAGUCGUCAACAGCUUCUCUACCAACCGUAUAUUCCAUCGAGGCCGCAGGUUGUGGGGAGUCGGGGCUGCCUCAGCCCUUCUCCUACCCCCACUCUCUGCUCGAAAUCCCCAUCUUGCCAUACGGGCCUGUGCCGCUGUGCUUCUCCAUUCUUGGGGUAUCUGCCCCUGAUCUCAGCACUCUGAUGGCUGGGCUGGAGGAGCUGAAGAAGAAGCUGCAACCCUUGCUGUUCGAUGACCCGGACAGAGGUGGUGUCAGUACCAGGGUGCCCCUUCCGGAAGAUACUUGCAAUUCCUACGUAGUUUCUGAUGGUGGAACUGUUAAUUUACUUAGUAGAUCCUUGGGUGAGUAUAACAUCAAUGAGCAUGGCUUUCAUAAACGAAGUGCUGGGCCAGACGAGUCGGAUUCUGAUGAGAAGGCAUACUGUUGUGCCUCUCAUGAGAUGCACAUAUUUGGUCCCAUUGGUAAUGGUGCAAGUAGUGUUGUGGAGAGAGCUAUAUUUAUUCCAGUUCAUCGAAUUUUGGCCUUGAAGAAGAUAAACGUAUUCGAGAAGGAGAAGAGGCAACAAAUUCUGAAUGAGAUGAGAACAUUAUGUGAAUCAUGUUGUUAUUCUGGUUUAGUUGAGUUCCAGGGAGCAUUUUACAUGCCUGAUUCUGGAGAAAUAAGCAUUGCUCUUGAAUACAUGGAUGGUGGUUCCUUGGCAGAUGUUAUAAGGGUCAAGAAAUCUAUACCAGAACUAGUUCUUUCACAUAUGCUACAGAAAGUAUUGCUUGGUCUGCGAUACUUGCAUGAAGUAAGGCAUCUAGUGCAUAGAGAUAUAAAGCCAGCAAAUUUGCUGGUAAAUCUUAAGGGUGAGGCGAAGAUUACAGACUUUGGUGUGAGUGCUGGUUUGGACAACACAAUGGCUAUGUGCGCUACCUUUGUAGGCACAGUCACAUAUAUGUCACCUGAGAGAAUUCGUAUUGAGAACUAUUCUUAUGCUGCUGAUAUUUGGAGUCUUGGACUAACAAUAUUGGAAUGUGCUACUGGAAAAUUCCCAUAUGAUGUAAAUGAAGGCCCAGCCAAUCUCAUGCUGCAGAUACUGGAUGAUCCAUCACCAACUCCACCACAAGAUGCUUAUUCAUCAGAGUUCUGCUCGUUCGUCAAUGAUUGCUUGCAGAAAGAUGCCGAUGCAAGGCCCACAUGUGAGCAGCUUUUGUCACACCCAUUCAUCAAGAGGUACCUGAAAACCGAUGUGGACUUGGCAGCAUAUGUCAAAAGUGUUGUUGAUCCAACAGAAAGAUUAAAGCAAAUAGCUGAGAUCAGCGGAACCAGAAGGUUGGGAAGGGAGAGAGAAUUGCGGUGGUGGAGGGGGUCGGCUAAGGCCAAGUCCUAGCCCGGUGGGGUAGGCUAAAGACCAAACCCUAGCCGUGUCAGGGAGAGGGAGACAGAGACUCUGCUUAAUUUUAUUAGAUGACAGCCCUCUUCUAUAUAUAGAGGAGUUGACCCCUACUACAACAAAUAGAUUGGUUCUUUAUAAAUAAAAUCCAAUCUAAUUACAAUUUAAAUAAAACUUCCUUAACCUCUCACAAGUGGGCCGCUCUGACCUCAUUGGUCAAAUUGCCAGCCAGCAAUCCUUAGAUUUCUUCCUUUUGCAGGAAUAGGUCUUGGCGUCUUGCCAACCGUACCAGGUUCACUUGAAGUCCAAAACUGCCUAAUCAUCAUCCUAUUACAUGUGGCACUUGCUUUCAUCAUUUCUUGUUGUGCCCUUACUCUUUGUCCAGGCCAUGGUACCAUCCUCCAUCUCCAUGUCACACUUUCUGUCCUUCCACUUCCAUUACCUUUGGCUGCAACCCGUGAUGGUGCCGUAGCACUGCCAGGGGCAUGGACUAGGCGUAGCGGAAGCCCUUGCUCAGGGCCACCGCCACAGGCCCGCAAAUUUCAGGGCCCCAGCCCAUGCAUACAUAUAUGUGUACCUAAGUCUGCCUCUAUACGGGCCAGCAACGAGCAUGUUUAACCCAAUUUCUUAACUUGUGAGGUUCAGAAACCCAGCCUGCAGCUCCACAAGUCACAUAUCCAUGUUCCUUUCAGCCCAUGAAAGAAUGGGUCAUGGAAUAAUCGAAUUUUAUGUGAUCCACUCAUCUCUUGUAUUCUCCUAAUCUCUCUACCGGGAAGAAAUAUAGACACUGACGUCCCAAGUGUUGAAAAAAAAAUGCUGACUCUUUUAUGGAAAGAUUAGUAUUUAUGCAACAUGUCUACUAUGUGUAACAUAUAUUGUUC